AUGCAACAAAUAUUUUUCCACUAAUAAACCACAUAACUUCAUAAAAUCUUAAAAUACACCCAAGUAGGAGUCUUCCGUAAAAGAUGGUAUAAUUCCAAUGAAUUAUUUCCCAAAAGAGCCUACAAUUAUAUCCAUGAUCUUCCUUAAGAAAACCAAACAAAGACCAAACACCUUCGUUUUGUUUACGAAUCUCCAAUGAAGGCUACUGAUAAAAGGAAGUUUAAAACAGCUGAAUUUCGUAAAUAUUAAGAAGACUUAGAAAACUUAGCAAAGCAUGCAAUGGUAGGAAAAACAAUAAAAGAGAUUAAAAUAGAAGAAAAAAUCGAACCUGACCCUAUUUAUGGUUUUCAAGAAAGACCAUAAAAAACAUUAAGCCGUCCUUUAGGAAAAGAGCUUUUUUUUUAUUUCCGAAAUGAAAAAUAUAUGGAAAAUUCUAACAGAAAAAUAGCUUAUUUAACACAAUUUUAACCCAAUUCAAAUAAAGUUAAUGAAAUAAAGCCUUUUAUUGACUAAAUAUAUUAAAUAUCUAAAACAUAAAUUCAAGAAUAAGUUUGCGGUAAUCAAUAAAUAAUCAUUGAAGAUGAUUUUUAUGCCAAAAAUCAAGAAAUAAAGGCAUAAUUCGACCUAAUAGGUUCCAAAAUACCUGAUUUACACCAAAAAUAAAUACCUGAUUUAGCCCUAACCCUUUCAUUUACCCUAAGAUAUAACAAAGAUGUAUUUGGAAUCUGGUAAAAAAUAGAAGAAAGGAUAAAAGAUUCCCUAAACCACUACUCAACCCUCGACCUAGCCAAAAUCCAUUACGCCUCAUGCUCAAUAUAUCCUAAAUCACUCUCACAUACAACCCAAAAGGCAAUCAUAGACAUUGUAUUUAACGAAUUAGACUAAGUAAAGACUUUGGAGGAACUGACUCAUAUUCUAUUUGCUUUCCGAAACAUAAAUUCGCAUAAAUAUUACAUAAAAUUACUAGAUGAAAUUACUAAAAGACCACUAUAAAAUGUCUAAUAAGCUAUCCAUUUACUACACGCUUAUGCCCAUUCUAGAUUCCCGGUAAAUAAAAGAAAAUAAUAUAGAGAAAAAGACCAAGAUAAGAAGGAAAAUGAAAAAAUAUUAAACUAUUUAGCUGAUAUAUUAGCUUCAAAUGCAUCUAGUAUUAAAAAUGGUGAUGAUAUAGUAAGAGUACUUGUUUCUUUGAAUAAUUUAUAAACCGAAGUCUUCAAAGAUGUCCUUUUUCAUCUUGAAAGAAAUACUUUAGAGUAAAUUUAGACAUUUGAUGGAUUUCAAAUAGCUUCUAUAAUGUAUGGAUUUGCUAAAUCAAUUAAUAAUUAUGGGUUUGGUAGCGAAAAAUUAUAUUAGGAAUUAAUAAAGAAAUGUAAGGCAUUUUGGAAUGAAUUUACUCAUGUUUAAAAAAGUCACGCUUUCUUCGCUAUGACUUCAUAAGAUAUAAAUGAUAAUGAUUUUAGAUAAAAUUUUAUAUAACCUUGGCUAAAUAAUUAUUUAGAAACAGAUUUUAAUUAUUCAGUUUUACAUUAUGUAGCUUUUUCAUUAAUAUAUGAAUAAAAUAAAGAACCUUUUGAAAAUCUGUUUUUAAUUGAAUAAAUUAUAGUCCCAGAAAAGGUAGUUAUUUUAGUUUAAGGAGAAAAAUAAUCAUUAAAAAAUGGUAAGGCUACACCUGCACAUAGAGCUAAAAUUGCUUUAUUAGAAAUGCAUAAGUAUGCAGUUUUUAAUAUUGUUUUUAAGGAUUUCGAAAAGAUUUAAACUGAUUCAAAAUUGAAGUUUUUGGAAGAAACUAUUAAAAAAUUAGUCAGUAAAUAAAAAAAAUACAUUGAAGAAGUUGAAGAAUAAGAAUAAUGGCUUUAGUUUAUGGACAAAAAAUAAAAAUAAAUAAUAAAUGCAGUAUAAAUUGAAAAAGUUUAUAAAGGAGGAAAAGUUAAUAUUGAUACAUUCGAUGUACCUUUUGAUUGGAGUAAAUUAUAGGGAGAAUUUAAAAAAAGAUAAAUGUAAGUUGAAGAAAAUAGAAAAUUGUAUGGAGUUACAGAAGAAGAUGAUUUUGAAUAAUUAAUAAAUAAUAAAUGA